AUGGAGCGCAAAAUUGUUACGGUCACAGUUCUCCAGGCGACACUGGGAAUAGUAGUCGUGGUUGCCGGUUUCGCUGCUGAAGCCACGAAGGCUAAGAGAUCUCAAGUUAGAUUGGUUUACUAUGGUCACGUACCUGAAUGUCACUACCCAAGUAGUCCAGCCGUUGGUCUAGCCAUAGCAGGGGCCGUGGCUCUUGUGCUAGCGCGUACCAUAGUCAAUUCAACCACUGCAGAUUGUUGUUUGUGUUGCCAACCACUCCCUAAGAUGCCCAAAAUCGGCCUAGUCUGUAUGGUUAUUACAUGGAUUACCUAUUUUAUUGCUGUAGUCUUAUUUUUUGUGGGUGCACAGUUAAGCCUUAUAAAUAGUGUCCAGACAGACAUCAACGGUGCGUUAUAUUGUUACUAUGCAAUGUCCGGGCUCUUCUCUGCAGCCGGUAUCAUGGGUCUCAUGAGCGUGCUUCUCGGUCUCAUCUAUUACUUUUUAUAUACCUUGGCUCAACGUCGUGAAGCAGCUGAGAAACUGUGUGUAGGUCUAGAACUCAAGAAACUUACAAUCCCAGAUGGCAAGAAACCACCAACAAUCAGUGUUGGCAUGAAGCCACAAGUGUCAUCGCAGAAACAUUUGGAUUCGUCGCUAUUGCUUGUGUAACAUGUAACACUGUUUUAUUUGUCUAUGUUUUUUUUUUUUUGUUUUGUGUUCCUUUGAUUUUCUCUCCUCUGAUCUCCACUCUCUCUUUCUAUUUUUUUCCAACCAUAUGCGCAUCCAAGAAAGUAUAUACAUAGUAUUGUUGGCCCCAAAAUGGAUCUUUGAUCUCUAGACAAUCGAAUAACUUGAAUAUAUAAACUAAGAGUUUGAAUACAAUACAAUGGAAUUGUUGAGAGUGAUUUACAAAUGAGAAAUCUAUUCCUAUUUAUAGUUUCUAAAGGGUGCGAUCCAAUAGACGCGUCUCUUCACGAACGGGUGCGUCUCUAAAACAUGUGGAUGUAAUUAAACAUGAAGGGGUGUGUCUUCUUGUCCAAGAGUCGUGUCCCUUCUCUGUGUGUGGCUGAAAUCGAAUGGGUGCCUCCCAAGGGAUUUCGCCACCCUUGGGGUGGUAGUUACCAAGUUCUGAUU